AUGUACCCCCAUCAACUCGACUGUCAACAACAGGCCUUGCCAGUGGAAUUACCAGUUGAAACAGUCCCUCAUCACGAUUACAUGUACCAGCCGAGCAAUCGUACUUACCUUCCACAAAUACUACCCUCGCCUCCCAUGGGAAGACCAACACUUUCUCCAUCACGCCCCAUUCUCAUCCCCUCAACGUCAAUCACAGGCUCACUGGAAGUAACUCCCCCAUACCACCGAGCUUACCCUCUCAUCCUCAGCUCAUACGGCAUCUCUUCAAAAGAUUUUAUGGCCAUCAUCGAUGCUCUCAACAUCGCUCUCGCCGAGCCAGCGCCAUUCAAAGCAAUGGAGGUCGCAGGCGAUGGUCUCGGUUUCGUCCCUAACGAGAUAGCCCAAGGCGUUUCUUUGGGCCUUGGACUGGCUGCAGGUACUGGAACUGCUGCUACAGCAUAUUUUCGAGAGAGAAGGGUACUUGAGAGAGUGAAUCGCGAUAUCUUCGCACCAAAAGGCUUAGUGAUGAGGACCAUGAAGGAUGAGGAAGUGAUGCAGCAACUCAACACUACGGCCAAGAGUCUCGAUCCACUACAACGACUACAAGAAAUCUCACCACAUGUAGAAGCCUUGUCUUUCGACGUAGAGCCACCGGUCAGACACUCCAAUAUGCUGGAUCGCAUCAGCGCCAAACAAGCUGCCGUCACACAAGCCAGCAAGGAGAAGAAAAAACACAAGAAGCAAGAAAAACGUCUUCAGAAGCGCGAAAAGGCAGCUGAUAAGUUUGAUCGCUCUGUUGAGUCUAUCGAUGAGCAGUAUAACUCCGACGUUGAAAGCCGGAUUGAGAUUGAGGCUAAGAUCGCGAGGUUGGAGGAUAGGAUCGCAGAGAUCAACGUCAAAGCAGAGGAGAGACUGAUUGAGUCAAGUGAGAAGAAGGUUAGCGAGAUUGAAAGGAGACGAAGAAAGGAUUUGGAAGAAGUUGAGAAGGAUCGAGCAAGGUUGAUAGAGAAACAUGGCAAGGCGAUCGCCAAGGUGAAUAAGAAGGCUGAGAAGAAGGAUGAGAAAGACGAGAAGAAGGUGGCCAAAUUGGAAUGGAUCAUGAUUCGAACUAUGUAG